ACUUUAUAUUUUAUAGUCUGUAUACUUUUUGGACUGUGGAACAUCAUCGGUAUUCUGCUGCUCAAUGUUUCCUGCCUAAUCUCAGGUAUCAUACAAAUGGUGGUUGGUUUUAUAGUGAUGGCACUGGAAGCGCCAUGUUGCUUCUUUUGCAUAGACUAUGUAAACGAUGUGGCUACUCAAGUAGAACAACGCCCAUUAUGGAAUCGGGCUGCCUUCUACUGCGUGAUCGCUAUACCGCCAAUAAUUUUGUGCCCAGGACUGGGUAGUAUUUUCGCAUGUGGUCUUGUAUUUGGCACUGGUGUGAUAUAUGGUCUCAUGGGACUAGGUAAAAAGGCUUCCGCGGAAGAAAUGCGCCAAGCUGCUGUUCAAUCAGGCUUAGCGGGCACACCAGGCGCCACAACGAAUGAUCGCGCCAGUAUUGUGAACAAUGCUCAACCAUUUUCCUUCACCGGCGCGGUAGGCACAGACAGUAAUGUGUGAUACUGUAAACUUGACUGUAAAAUUCAAACAAACCUUUGGGAGCGUUGCACAGAGAAACAUUUGGCAAAUGCAAAAAAUAUAACUAGGUUUGUUGUCGCGAUCAGUUCCCGUUAUCAGCGUACAUUGUUUACGUAUACUAUGUAUGCAUUGCCAGAGUGCCUCCAAAUUUGUUAAAAAAAAAACUAAGAGUAAAGAAUUGAAAUGGGAAAUUUUACAUGCAGUGUAAUUCACUGUGGCAUCAGAGUGAAUGAUGAUUUCGAGUGAAUUGUCUCAGCCAACACCGAUUAUUAGCGCCUUCAUUGGUUUCUAAGGAUUAUGUUAUUAACGGUUGGCUUGCUAAAUACUACUAUCAUAUGCAUAUAAUAUGAUUUAUUUCAAAUUAAAGUAACGAGGAUGGUGAAAUAUGAUAUCUUAAAUUUAAGCUAUUUAUUGCAUCAGACAUACGCUAACACAAGAAAAUGUACUUCGUCUGCUUAUUUGUACUGAUAUGUUUGCUAGUUCUUUUGUACUCGUAAUGAAAAUACUUAUUUGUGGCAUUCCAUUGUGCAGUGAAGCGCUUGUAAAAUUAAAAGAUUGAUAGAAAGACGUUAUCGAAUUUCGUGCUGUAUUU